AUGAAGAAGGCGACCGAGUCGCGCGAGAACCUCGUCAACUCGACCGUCUCGCUGGAGGAUGGCAACGCGGAGCCGGGGAUCGGUGACCAUCCGUCGAUGCGGCGCUCGCUCAAGAGCGCCGCCUCCGAGUUCGACCUCGACAUCCAGGACAUCGUGCUGACGAAGACCGAGAAGCGGUUCCUGCUGAGCGCCGAACGGGGUGAUUGCGCAACGGUGCGAAGAAUCAUCCAGGAGAACAAGGAGACGCCGGAAGAGUUCGACAUUAACUGCGUGGAUCCGCUGAACCGCUCCGCCCUCAUAGCGGCCAUCGAGAACGAAAACAUCGAGCUGAUCAACCUGCUGCUGCGGGAGGGCAUCAAAGUCAAGGAUGCACUGCUGCAUGCCAUCAAAGAGGAGUACGUCGAGGCUGUGGAAACGUUGCUGCUGUGGGAGGAGGAGAACCACGUGCCGGGCGAUCCCUACAGCUGGGAGGCAGUGGACCGGUCCUCGUCGUCCUUUACCGCCGACAUCACCCCGCUGAUACUGGCCGCCCACAAGAACAACUACGAAAUCCUAAAAAUCCUGCUUGACCGUGGAGCGACGCUGCCGAUGCCGCACGAUGUACGGUGCGGUUGCGAUGAGUGUGUCACCUCUAGCGAGCAGGACUCCCUGCGCCACUCCCAGUCACGCAUCAACGCCUACAAGGCGCUCUCGUCCAGCUCGCUGAUAGCGCUCAGCUCGAAGGACCCAAUCUCGACGGCGUUCCAUCUGUCCUGGGAGCUGCGCCGCCUGAGCCGCAUGGAGACGGAAUUUCGCGCCGAGUACACGCAAAUGCGGGCGGCGGUGCAGGAGUUCGCGACGGCGCUGCUGGACCACGCGCGCACCUCCAACGAGCUCGAGAUCAUGCUCAACUUCAGCCCGGGCGCGGUCGACAACUGGGAGCCCGGCGAGCGGCAAACGCUCGAGCGGCUCAAGCUGGCCCUGAAUCACAAGCAGAAAAUGUUCGUGGCCCACCCCAACGUGCAGCAGCUACUGGCGGCGAUCUGGUACGAGGGGUUGCCCGGCUUCCGGCGCAAAUCGUUCAUCGGCCAGAUCAUGCAGGUGGCGAAGCUGGGCACCAUGUUCCCGGUGUACAGCCUGAUCUACAUGAUCGCACCGAACUCCGAGAUGGGCCUGUUCAUGAAGAAGCCGUUCGUGAAGUUCAUCGUCCAUUCGGCAAGUUACGCGUUCUUUCUAAUGCUGCUUGGUGGUGCGUCCCAGCGCGUCGAGUACCUCGCCAUCGAGUGGUUCGGCCCGGACUGGGCGCAGGAUAUCUUGGCCGAGUGGAAGCGAAAGGAGCGUGGCUCGCUGCCGGGAAUGUUCGAGUGUCUGGUCAUACUGUACAUCAUAAGUUUAAUAUGGCACGAGAUGAAAUCCCUGUGGAACGACGGUUUGAUGGAGUACGUGUCCGAUCUGUGGAACAUUGUCGACUUUAUCUCGAACACGUUCUACAUAGUGUGGAUGAGUUUGCGCUUCACGUCCUGGUACACGGUUUGGCGCGACGCACGAGCUGGCCUGAACCCGUGGUACCCGCGCGAACAGUGGGAUCCCUUCGACCCGAUGCUGCUCUCCGAGGGUGCGUUCGCCGCCGGGAUGAUCUUCUCCUUCCUGAAGCUGGUGCACAUCUUCUCCAUCAACCCGCAUCUCGGACCGCUGCAGGUGUCGCUCGGGCGCAUGAUCAUCGACAUCAUCAAGUUCUUCUUCAUCUACACGCUGGUGCUGUUCGCGUUCGGCUGCGGGCUGAACCAGCUGCUGUGGUACUACGCGGUGCUGGAGAAGAACAAGUGCUUCCACCUGCCGAGCGGCCUGCCGGACUUCGACAACAACGAGAAGGCGUGCGCCAUCUGGCGCCGCUUCGCCAACCUCUUCGAGACGUCGCAGUCGCUGUUCUGGGCGUCGUUCGGCCUGGUCGACCUGAUGGCGUUCGAGCUGAGCGGCAUCAAGAGCUUCACGCGCUUCUGGGCGCUGCUCAUGUUCGGCUCGUACAGUGUCAUCAACAUCAUCGUGCUGCUCAACAUGCUGAUCGCCAUGAUGAGCAACUCGUACCAAAUCAUUUCGGAACGCUCCGACACCGAGUGGAAGUUCGCCCGCUCGCGGCUAUGGAUGAGCUACUUCGAGGACGGCGAUACGCUACCGCCCCCGUUCAACCUGUUUCCGUCGAUUAAAAACUUCACCAACCUAUGCAAAUGCUCCGGCGACAAGCGUUCCACGACCAGCAUUAUAAAACGCAACCGGGAGAAGGCCCAGCGGCGGCACGAGAACGUGAUGAAGCUGCUGGUGCGGCGCUACGUCACCGCCGAGCAGCGCAAGCGCGACGACUUUGGCAUCACCGAGGACGACGUGAUGGAGAUCCGGCAGGACAUCAGCACGCUCCGGUACGAGCUGAUCGAUAUUCUGCACCAGAACGGCAUGCGAACGCCCAACCUGAAGCCGAACGAGAAUGCAAUCGCCGGCAAGAAGGGACGCGUCAUGGAGCGAAGAAUACUGAAGGACUUCCAGAUCGGGUUCGUUGAGGGCAUUCUGCAGGAUACGUUCAAUGCCGCCACCGAGAAGCCGGCGGACGUGUUCAGCACGAUAGCGAAGGCGAUCGGCAACAAGUCGAGCACGAAGAAGAAGAAGCCGGAGGACUGGAAUGCGCUGGUGCGCCGCAGCACGGUGGCCCGCGACCCCAUCGGCAACUCGACCGAGGCCAUCAUGCGCCGCAGCCGGCAGAGCCUGCGCAAGCAGAUCCUGGACAACUCGGAGAAGGGGCUGGAGAUGGACACCGACCAUCUGGUCGCGUACAACCCGAAGCUGUCGGAGGUGACGCCGGUGACGCGCGUCGCGUACGUCAAGUUCAUGACGACCAAGCUGAAGAAGGACAUGACGGAUGUGGCGGCGGCCGGCGGCGUCGAGACGGCCGAGUUCGAGCACGAGCGCCGCAAGUCGUGGAAGCAGAGCUCCAUCAAGAAGCUGGUCGAUAUGAAGGACAAGAUAAGUGGUUUGGAGGGAGCUGAAGGUGAUGGUGCGGAGGGUAGCGAGCCGAAGGAGGUGGUGAGUGCUGAGGCAUCCGUCACCGUCGAGGAACCGUCGCCGACGAACAGCGCCACGUCGGGCACCGUGGAAAGGGGCGCGCCGGCGACGGAGGAGUUGAGCAAGCUGGAGCGCAUCCGAGUCCGAGUCCGAUCGCCGAUCAUCGAAGAUCCGAACGAGGAGCGCUCCGAUACGCCCGCAUCCGGAUCCAGCCCGCCGGUACCGCCGCUGGACGACGCCAUCCCCGAGCGUCCCGUGUCGCCCAUUCCGCCCAACAGUCCUCCGCUGGAGCGCCACGAGGUUCCCGAUCUUGCCCACGAGUCCCGCGAGCCAACUCCGGAGUCGGAGUCCCGCGAGUCCGGCUCGAAAUCGCCGGAAGUGGCCGCCCGCCCCAUGGAUACGCUCUCGCCGACAGGUUCGACGAAAUCGGGUGCGAAUCUCACCGCUCCCCGCUCCCGCUCGCCGUCCAGCGCGAAGACUCCGGAGCGUCUCAGUCCUACCGCCGAGGACACCUCCACUUCCGCGCCGGCCGCUUCACCCUCAGCCCGCGGCAAGUCGAAGAGCACGGGCCGCACGCUUGGCGGAUGGCUGUAAGGCUGCGUGUCGAGGUGUCCCCAAACCACCCUUCCCUCCUGCCUUCCCACCCUUUCGUCGCCAAGAUACUAGCCAAUCUACUCUAUUGACAACAACAACAACAUCGAGCAUACUUACAGAGACUACCCACGAGUGUGUUGCUGCACCACGUUUUGUGUCGUUCCGCUUCAUUGUGUCGCUAAGCGGCUCCUCUCCCCACUCGCUCCCUCUCCCCCUCACCCCGAACGUAACCAACCACGAACGAGGAAAGCCGCUUAGCUCGUUAAUUAGUCGUAAUUUGUUUGUUUUUGUACUCCGGAUGGGCAAUAUGAAAUAAAUCGUAUACUCCGAAACUCCGCCGAGAGCGCCGGACGCAAU